CCGAGGGCGUGGAUUCAGAGCCAUUUCGACGUGCCAGCCCAGGUGCGAGACCAAUCGGCUCCGUCAUCGGAAUGAGGGAGACCAGGAUUGUCAAAAUCACCGCUACAUUCAUUGCGAUAUCGUUCAUCUGGUUGAUAUACCACUCAUACCCCCUAGAAACAACGACGAUUCCGGAUCUCACGAAUUCAAAGUCUCCCAACAUAGAGCCUUCCACAUCAUGUCCGCCGCUGCCUGGGUCUAGCGAUGUCCUGGUCGUCAUAAAAACGGGGGCUACAGAGGCUUCCGUGCGCAUCCCGCCCAUUCUCUCAACCUUUGCUCUGUGCAUUCCAAACAUCGUGAUCUUCUCCGAUCUAGAGCAGCAGAUCGAAAGCCACGACAUACACGAUGCUUUAAAAUCGGUCUCCACUCAGUACAGAGAGACCAACCCUGAGUUCGAUUUCUACCGCAGCAUCCACAGAGCACACAAUGCCCGGGAUAAUCUCACCGCUUUUGGACAAUUAGAUGGCAAUGCUGGCAAGGCCUGGACCUUGGACAAGUGGAAGAAUAUCCCAAUGCUACACGAGGCAUAUCAAAAACACCCCAAUGUUAAAUGGUAUGUCUUCAUCGACGCAGAUACCUUCCUCGCGUUUCACAACGUCGUGCAAACCCUUGAUAAGCUCAACCAUACCCUGCCUCUUUAUAUUGGUGCUGCGAAUAAUUACGAUGACGAACUCAUCUUUGCGCAUGGCGGAUCUGGCUACAUCAUCAGUGCCGGCGCAGCUGCUGCCUUCGAGAGAAUAUACGAUCACGAGCACAUCGAGAAGUGGGAGGCAGAAACGACCAUCACUUGUUGCGGAGAUGUGAUGCUGGGCAUGGCGAUGAGAGACGCCGGGAUCAAGCUACGGAAUGCGGCGCCAUUGGUGCAGUUCGCAACGGUUGCUGAGAUCAGCUGGAGUAGCCGGACGUGGUGUGAACCAAGCUGGACGUGGCACCAUGUCGACGCGCGGGGGAUGAAGGACCUAUUUGACUUUGAUCGGAAGUGGUACCAACAGAAUCCCGGAUUCUAUCGGUUCAAGGAUUUGUUCGUGGUAUUUGUCAAGCCAAGCAUUGCCGAUACGAAAACCGAUUGGGACAAUCUGUCCGCGGAUCAAGUUUUCAAAAGUGACGACGAAAACCAGAUCCCAGACGAGCAGAAGGCUGUUGCGCUGUCCCCCUCCCAGUGUCAAGCAGCCUGUGAAGAAGACCAACGGUGCAUUCAAUGGGUAUGGAAGGCGGAUCACAGCUGUGGCCAUAACUGGUCUUUGAGGCUGGGUCACCGGGUCCCGGUCGUGUCAGAAGGCAGCGACUCGACAUUAGGGUCCCAGACCGUGAGCGGGUGGAUAUUGCAUCGGACAGAAGCUUUGGAAGAGGACUGGAAUCGGAGGCCAUGUCGCAGUCGGUGGAAUGCCUGACGAAAUGUCCAAAGCCCGCCGGACAGCUGUGAUCAA